UUUCACUCUUAAGUAAAAGCAUUGUCCUACACAUUGUGGUAAGAAAUAUACGUAUCUAACAAUCAUGGUACGAAAAUUAAAAUAUCACGAACAAAAGUUGUUAAAAAAAGUAGAUUUUAUAUCAUGGGAAGCAGAUAAUAAUUUACAUGAAGUAAAAAUUUUAAGACGGUAUAGAAUACAAAAAAGAGAGGAUUAUACAAAGUAUAAUAAACUAGCCCGAGAAAUUCGUGAAUUAGGUAACAAAAUUAAAGAAGUUGAUGCAGAUCAUCCAUUUCGAAUAGAACAGAGUGCAUUAUUGUUAGAAAAACUAUAUAUGAUAGGACUUAUAGCAACAAAGUGGGAUUUAGCACUAACACAAAAAAUUAGUGCCAGUUCAUUUUGCAGAAGACGAUUGCCAGUUAUUAUGGUACGAAAUAAAAUGAGCCAAAAUUUAAAAAUGGCAACACAAUUAAUAGAACAAGGUCAUGUUAGGGUUGGAGUAGAAGUUAUAAAAGAUCCAGCAUUUUUAGUAACAAAGUAA